AUGUCGACUAUUGAUGGUUUUUUAAAUACGAGUUAUGAAAAGAAUUCAAAAUCUUCCGAAAGUAUUCAUUCAUUUCAGCGCAAAUGUUUAUCCAGCAAUGAGCAGUCCAUGCCUUGGUAUCACGGAAAUAUAUCACGCGAGCAAACUGAAAACAUUCUUUUAAAUAAAACAGACGGAACAUUUCUUAUCCGAGAUUCGACAAAUUUCCCUGGUGAUUUCACAUUAUGUUUAGCUUUUAAUGGAAGAGUCGAACAUUACAGAAUUUAUCAAACAAAUGGGAUUCUAACUUGCGACCAUGAAGAACAUUUUGAUAAUUUAACACAACUCGUUUCGCAUUAUAAACGAGAUGCAGAUGGACUUUGUCAUCGUUUGGUAACUCCAAUGAUUAAUGAAAAAUAUCGUAUUCCUCGCGAAGCAAUUUCUAUAGAAGAUCGCAUUCAGGUUUUCAAACAGACCUCAUUAGUGAUCCGCAGAAGCAAUCUUCGACUUGGUGAUACGAUUGGUCACGGUGAAUUUGGAGAUGUUUUGCUUGGUGAUUAUAUUGGUCGGAGAGUUGCAGUGAAAGUAUUAAAAAGAAGCGCAAUGGUCAAUUCUUUACUCGACGAAGCAAAAUUUAUGAUUGGAUUGGAACAUAAAAAUCUUGUUGUGCUGAUCGGCGUUGUACUGGAUGAUUCUCGAGAUCUUUUUAUGGUUACUGAAUAUAUGGCAAAUGGAAAUCUCGUUAGUUUUCAAUUACUGUUUAUUGUAUUUGUUAUUUUUAACUGUAUUUGA